AUGAAGCUCUCCCUUUUCACUCUCGCUCUCGUGGUCGGCGCCCAUGCUGCCGCCACCGGUCCUCUCAGUGAGCCUCCGGGCAAGAACGUGACCUACGGCAACGACCACGGCCACGACUACGGCAACGACUACGACAAGAACUACGACAAGGACCACAAGGACCACGACAAGGACCACGACAAGGACCACAACAAGGACCACGACAAGGACCACGACAAGGACCACGACAAGGACUACAACAAGGACCACGACAAGGACUACAACAAGGACCACAACAAGAACGACAACAAGGACCACAACAAGAACGACAACAAGGACCACAACAAGAAUGACAACAAGAAUGACAACAAGAACGACAACAAGAACGACAACAAGAACAACAACAUCAACAACAACAUUAACAACAACGUUAACAACAACACCAACACCAACACCAACACCAACACUAACACCAACACCAACACUAACACUAACACCAACACCAACACCAACAACAACACUAACACCAACACCAAUACUAAUGUUAACAACAACACCAACAACAACAACAACACCAACAUUAACAACAACAACAAUGUUAACAACAACAACAACGUGAACAACAACAACAACAAGAACAACAACAACAACAAGAACAACAACAACAACAAGAACAACAACACCAACCUGCACACCUUCACUACUGUCGUUGAGAAGUUCACCACAUUCUGCCCUGGUCCCACUCUCAUUCCCAUCCGCUCCGACAAGACCAUCACCGUCACCAAGGCCACGCUUCUGGUCGUCACUGAGUGCCCCUGCACCAUCGUCACCACCGUCGCCACCCAGCCGCCGGCUACUAACCUUCCCCCUGCCCCUCCUGCCGUCAGCCCUGCCCCUCCUGCCGUCAGCCCUGCCCCUCCUGCCGCCAGCCCCCCUCCCGCUGCCAAGCCUGCUCCUCCUGCUGCCAACCCGGCCGCUCCCGUUGCCAGCCCUGCCGCUCCUGCCGCUCCUGGUGCGCCGGCCGCAAGCCCCGCCGCCCCUGGCUCCCCUGGCUCCCCUGGCACCCCUGGCACCGCUGGCACCCCUGCUUCACCUGCCAAGCCCGGCGCUCCUGGCACCGUCACCGCCGGUGCCGGCCGCCUCGGUGCGAGCCUCGGUGCCCUGGUCGUUGCGGCCGCCGUCGCCCUGGCCCUCUAA